GUUUUGAUCCCAGCAUCUCCUCGAACAUCCCUCUUGAUUUGUAGUGUUGUUUUGUGAUCAAGACGAGGGGUUGCGGGAUCAUAGUGUGUGAGUGUGCAACAAUGGCUGUGGCUAAGUUCUUUGCUGCUAUGAUCCUGGCGCUUAUUGCCAUGUCCAUGCUUCAAACAGUGGUCAUGGCUGCUAAUGGGCAAGACCUGUAUGAAAACAAGUUUGUGUUUCUUCAGAGCAAGUUUGGAAGUGGAAGUCUCAAGAGUUACCAAUGCCCUUCACAAUGCUCGAGGAGAUGCAGCAAGACCCAAUACCACAAGCCCUGCAUGUUUUUCUGUCAGAAGUGCUGCAGGAAAUGCCUGUGUGUGCCUCCGGGGUAUUAUGGUAAUAAAGCUGUGUGCCCUUGCUACAACAACUGGAAGACCAAGGAGGGAGGACCCAAGUGCCCUUAAGCUUCAACUUCAUCAAUCAAUUGUUGCUUUCUUAUAUAUUUAUAAUUUCCUUCCUUGUGCCCAAUUAAUGCACUAGCUUACUUCCCUAGCUACUAUAUAUCUGCUCCAAGUCCUAACUAUAUGGUAGCCCCCUUUUGGGUCUGUGAUAUUCAUAUAUGCUUUUAUGUAUUUUGGGAUGUCCUUUUGAAGGCCACAUCUGCUGUAUCACUCCUUAGGGCUUGUUUGCCUUUAAUGAGAGUGGCUUAUUAAUGUUAUCUGCCAAAGUUACUGCUACCUUAUUACA